AUGUCUACUUUCUCUAAGGCCAAUUUCAAGACUCUUAACUAUAACUCCUUCAGACCGCACUACCCCGCGCUGUUUUACAAGAUUCUUGGUGACUAUGCUAGUCAGAAGCUGGGAAUCAAGAAGGCUGUUGAUUUAGGCUGUGGUACAGGGGUUGCAACAUACCCCUUGCUUAACUUCUCAGAUCAGGUGAUCGGUGUUGAUCUUUCACCAAAGAUGGUGGAAACUGCUAAUCUGUUGGUGAACGAUAGGUGCGAGACCAUGGGGAUCUCAGAUAAGAGUCGAAUUCACUUCGUCGCUGGAAGUGUAGAAUCUUUAGCCUAUGACAACUCUAGUAAUAAAGAUGAGAAGAUAUUUGGGAAUGGAGAUCUUGAUUUGAUAACUGCCGCUCAAUGUAUACAUUGGUUUCAAGAUUAUCCUACCUUCUUCCAAUCCAUCGCGAAGCUGUUGAAGCCGGGCGGCACUUUAGCUUACUGGUACUACAUAGAUUCCAUCGUCGUAGACUACAAGGGCAGUAACCUUGACUCUGCGUCCAUAAAAACAGCCAAAUUAGAAAAAUCAUGGCAAAUUGUCUCCAAAUAUCUCUACGAUGACCCCAAUUUCGCCGGGCCUCACUGGGAACAGCCUGGAAGAGGGAUCCUUAGGGACCAUUUGAGAAAAGUCGAUGAGGCUAUCCCCAAGGAUCUCUUCACCGAUAUCAAAAAAAAUAAGUUCAUUUCCGAUAUUAGUGAUCCUGAGAAAACGUUCCCCAGUGUCGAGAAUGGCGAUCUUAAAAUUGUAAUGAAGGACUUACCACUUAGUGCAAUUAAGGACUACCAUAGCACAGCGAGUGGAAUUCACAACUACAAAGAAGCCCACGGGGACAAGGCAAUUGACAUCCCCUCGCAGAUCUUAAAGGAUUGGGAAAGUGAAUUGGGCUGGGGAGAAGAUACUACAGUAGACUACGUAUUCCACUCGGGAUACACCUUCAUGAGAAAGAAGUAA